AUGACACCUGGUAUCUUGCCGGGACCUCCGCCUGAUGGCGACUACUACUGGUGGAUUGGAGGCGCAAUGUGGGGCACUCUGCUGGAUUACCGCUACUAUACCGACGACAAAUCAUACGACGACACAAUCAUGCAAGCCUUGGUGCAUCAGUCGGGCGAACAACAUGAUUUCAUGCCAAAGAACUGGUCGGCGUCCAUGGGCAACGAUGAUCAAGCAUUCUGGGCACUGGCAACUCUCGUCGCCGCCGAGACUGGCUUCACUGACCCGGCCGCGGAUACGGAUUUGGAUUGGCUCGCAUUGGCCCAGGCUGUGUUCAACGAACAGACCGACGCAGGCCGACGCACGUACACGGGGAGCUGUUCGGGCUUGCUGCGGUGGCAAGCGAUUCAGUACAACAAUGGCUGGGAUUAUAUCAACACCAUUGCAAACUCGUGCUACUUUAACAUUGGAGCCCGUCUGGCCCGUUACUUCCAGAAUGAUACGCUGGCCAACGUGGUAGGCGAGACGUACGAUAUGCUGGUAGGUGUUGAUUACAUUGACGCCGAGGGCAACAUCUAUGAUGGUGGCCAUGAGGAGGAGGACUGCAAAGACAUCAAUAAGGCGCAGUUCUCAUACAAUGCCGCCCUGAUGAUCCAAGGACUAGCCCACCUGUACAACAUGACCGAGGCGGAUACUUGGAAGGAAAAAAUUGAUUUGCUCCUACCCAGGACUCUGGAAUUCUUCUUUCCCAACGGCACAGCUGUAGAGCCGGCUUGCGAGUUUGGAGGGACCUGCACGACCGACAUGUUGUCGUUCAAGGGAUUCUUGCACAGGUGGCUACAAUCGACAGCCUACCUGGCCUCGUACACGGCAGAACAAAUAACCCCAAUCCUCAAGUCGUCGGCGCAGUCGGCUGUGGACCAGUGCACCGGCGGAACCAAUGGCCGAAUGUGCGGCUUCAAAUGGUCGUCUGGGUCGUACGACGGCACGACGGGGGCGUGCCAGCAGAUGAGCGUCCUCGCCUCGCUCAUCAGUCUCCUGCCGACGCCCGAGACGGGCAUCCUGACCAACACCACGGGCGGCACGAGUAAAGGUGACCCCAAUGCCGGGUCCGACCUCGACAGCCACUUUGAGGCCCUAGCCGAGAUCACCACCGCGGAUAAGGCCGGUGCCGGCAUUCUCACCGUCAUCUUUCUGGGCAUGGGGCUCGGGGCAUAUGUCUGGAUGAGUAUAUAA